CAUCAACUCUAUCAUCCCUUGAGCGGCAUUCACUUACACUACCACACAGCCCCAAUAAGGUGUCCUCAAACACGCAUUUGGAAAGAACGCUGCUGUAGCAAAUCAACACUCCAAAGUUGGGUUUGCUACCCCACCAAUAGGUUGAUAUCGCGCACAAACCCGAAGGCUCCAGCUUGGCGAGGCCCUUUGAGCAAGCCUAGGUCCAUUCGAUAUCAAGAUGGCUGCAGCUGUAGCGACCGCAGGUGCGGCUGGUGGGACUGGCAGCUCUGCUGCGUCGCAGCCCCCACGCACAAUCGAGACGCUGCACGAAGACAUGAUCCACGACGCUCAGCUAGACUAUUAUGGGAGGAAGCUGGCAACAUGCUCAAGCGAUCGCACUGUCAGAGUGUUUGAUGUGGUGGAAGGAAGCGCCAGCGGCCAAGGAGAGACGCUCAGGGGCCACGAAGGCCCAGUCUGGCAGGUCGCAUGGGCUCACCCUAAAUUCGGGCCUAUUCUUGCAUCGGCCUCGUACGAUGGCAAAGUGAUCAUCUGGAAGAACGAUGGGACUGCUUCAGCGGCAAAUACGGGAGGGUAUGGCGCGUAUGGACAGGCUCCGCCAUCGAGCAGCGGCGGUUGGCAAAAGAUCAAAGAGCAUGCUCUUCAUGGCGCAAGCGUCAAUUCUAUUGCUUGGGCUCCACAUGAGCUGGGCGCGAUUCUAGCCUGCGCUUCUUCUGAUGGCAAUGUCUCUGUUCUGACCUUCAAUGAUGACGGAACUUGGGCAGUCGACAUGGUAGCCGCACAUCCCAUCGGUGCGAAUGCCGUGUCCUGGGCGCCAGCAGCCGUUCCCGGCUCGCUCAUCUCCAGUCAACAGCCCGCCGCUGCUGCUGGAGGCGCGACAGCGGACGUGCCCAAGGUCAGGCGUUUUGCUAGCGGUGGCUGCGACAACAGCGUCAAAAUUUGGGAGUUAUCUGCCGAGCAAGGUCGAUGGACCGAGGCAGAGGUGCUGACUGGACACACGGAUUGGGUACGAGAUGUGGCCUUCUCGCCCAACAUCGGCCUGCCUCGUUCAUACCUGGCCACGGCCUCGCAAGACCGCACGGUGCUCAUCUGGACCCAAGACAAUCCUUCUUCGGCUUGGACCAAAACGCAGCUCACUGCCCAACCUUUUCCCGGUGCCGUCUGGAGAGUAUCGUGGUCUGUCACUGGACAAGUGCUGGCUGUCAGUGCCGACGAUGGCGUUGUCAGACUCUUCAAGGAGAGCUUGAAGGGCGCUUGGGAAGAGGUUAGCGUGCUCGAUUCGUAAAAAAUUUCAAGUCUUGUACACUCUAGCCCGAACGUCAAUGCCAAUCACGAAUCGUCAGUAU